AUGGAAAGUUUGGCUAUCGAUCUGACGGAGGAUGUCAUAACUAAUGCUAAAAUGGUGAUACAUCUGGAUGUAUUCACAACAGAUAAACAAGAAAAUUCCGUGAAAGAUUUAAAAACAGAAAAUCCAUCACGAAUGUGGUUGAAUUUAUUAAUUGAAAUAUUUCUUCGAAUGCCGCAAACAAAAAGCGCAAUAGAUGAAAUGAUUGCAGAAUGUAAAUUUUCGUAUGCAGAUAACCCAGCUGAAUUGAAGAAAAUAAAUGACUUUCAAGCAAAUUACGCGCCAACAAAUGCAAUCAAAUGGUAUACAUAUGAUUGCUUCUUAUUUCGACAAUUUAAUAAAGCAUCUCGAACGAAAAACAUUGAUGCGUUGUAUAAACUUCGUUUUUUUCUCAUUGAUCUGCAAAAUCAAUUACAGGAACUAUUUAAAUCACAAUUUAAUCAUACGUCACCAACAUUCACUGUCUAUCGUGGUCAACUGAUAGCUCCGAGCGAACUACAAAAGUUAAAAGACAAUAUUGGCGGUCUUGUAUCAAUGAAUACGUAUUUAUCAACAACAAAAUCCUGUGCAGUAGCUAGUGAUUAUGCUGGAAAUGGUUCCGGCCAUCCAUUCAUUGAGUCGAUUGUAUUCGAAAUAGAAGUUGACGUCAAAAAAGCCAUUAAACCAUUUGCAGAUAUUCAACAAGUCAGUAUUAUGAAAGAUGAAGGUGAAAUAUUGUUUUCUAUUGGCACAAUCUUUAAAAUUGAAUCGGUUGAUGAAGUAUUGGAUAAUGUUUGGUUUAUUAAACUCACCUUAAGUGAAGUUGAAGAUGAAGAAUCGAAACGCUUGGAGGAUUAUUUUAUUAAUCAAAUCGGUGAAACAAGCGAUCUUGAAAUAUUAUGUAAUUAUUUGUGGAUGAGCGGAGAAGGUAAUCAUGCUGUAAAAUAUUCUAAAUCUAGGAUAAAAUCUGGGAUUAACGAUCUUACAAAAAAGUUCGGUCCAAGCGAAGAAUAUUUUAAUCCAAUAGAAGCUAUGCCUGGUGAAAAGAAUUAUGCUUCAGCAAAGAAAAAACGACAAGAAGAACUUAAGAAGAGUAUCGGAUCACUUCCUGCUAGUGAUCCACUUGUUCCCAUACUUUAUAAUGACGCUGGUAUUGUCAGCAGAGAAAUAGGUGAUUGUUCGGAAGCUCUUGUUUACUUUGAAAAAGCUCUUCACUGGCAUGAAGAAUGCUUACCCAACGCUUUUGCAAAUAUUGCAAUUAUGUACCGAAAUAUUGCCGAAGUUUAUGAAUGUCAAGGCAAGUACAGAACAGCUUUGAAAAAAUAUAAAACUGCAUUACAAAUACAACGUCAAAGUAAACCGUUAGACUACUGUCGUUUAGCUGAGAUCUUUCGUCAUAUGGGUGACUGUUAUACGAUGCAAAACAAACUUGCUUUGGCAUUGAAAUUUUAUCAUAUGACUAUUGAAAUGUCUGCUAAAUAUUUACCAAAAAAUCAUCCUACAUUUGCUGAACUUCAGGGAGCGCUUGGAGACGUGUAUAUCACUAAUGAACGAUACCAAGAUGCUUUGAAACAUUACAAAAAAGCAUUAUCAAUCGCCAAAAAAGCAUUCCCCAUGAAUCAUCUUGACGUUUUAUGCUAUGAAGAACAAAUUGACGAUCUUAAAAAAUUUAUGGAGUUAUUAAAAGAUGAAAAAUUAAUGAUUUGA